AUAAGAUUAUGUGAUGCUCCUAUCCUGUUUCCAUCUUUGGAUAUUAUAAAGGUGGUGAUUUUAUGCGGAAUCUACUUAUUAUUAUUAUAAGAUUCAAUGGUUGUGCAAUGCCUUUUGCUUGAUAAUUGUAGAAACGAUCACCUGAGAACACUUGCAGAAAUGUUUCUUCUUCUCUUUGUCCUUUGCCAUUAUUUCUAGCCAAAUUUCAUUUAUGCUUGAUACCCUAAAAGGUGCUGUGGGAAUUAAUGGGAAGAUCUCCCUCUACAGCAAACUGGCCCUGCAUUUAAGCUGCACUACAAAUACAUCAAGAUGCAGCUUGCAUAAUGGUGGAACUGCUUAUCAGCCUCGGGACUGAUGCUGAAUAUGUUAAAAUAAGAAAGGACUAAUCAAAGACAGUCUAAAUAGCUCCGACUUGCAAAUCAAUACAUAUAACCAAAGACAAACAGUUAAUCUUUCUUGUCCAUUUGAACAGAGCAUUAAGGCUCACAUGUUGUUGGGGUUUUUUAAAACUUAUUUUUAAUAAGUCAAGAACCACUUUAUACCUUUGGAACAAAUUGGUGGAAGGAAGCCUGAGAAGAUAGGGCAGCAAGGGUUUGCUGAGUUUAUGUUGGCAAUUAAACAAUACAGGAAGUAUUUUUGUCUCUUCUUUGGCAGUGUUUUGAUUAUAAAUUAAUCUCCUGAGAUACUAUGACUGCUUACAAUGGUUAAUGGAUACCUUAACACGUGUCCAAAGGACAAUCAGUCUCUGAUCAUAUAAAAUCUGUGCAGAGAGAAGAAGAAAUUGUUCAACCAGAGCAUGAUGAGAUUAAGAGCAAGGAUGUCCACAAACCUCUUCUCAUUUGUCCGCUUGUUUGUGCUGUUACUUGGCUUUGUAACUAUUUGUUUAGGAGCCUUUUGCAUCUCUACAAGCGCCUCUGGGUGUAAGUGCAACAGUUUGCCACUUGCGUAUUUUCUUCUACCAUUAGGAUUCUUUUUUCUCAUUGCUGGGAUCUCCUGGAGCACCUAUCAUGAAGCCAGCAAGCACAACAGCUUGUUCCACAGCAUUAUACAUGGCAUUCCUAGACUUCAAGAAAGUCACAUCACCACCAUCGACAGGCCUGAUUUCUACCCACCCUCAUACGAUGACAGCACUGCUCUUGGAAAGCAGACUUUUUCAUUGCCGGACUGCUCACUGGAGCCAAAGAGCUAUGCUUACAACAUACCUCCACCUUUGUACACAGAAAGCCGUUUUGAAUUCAUUGAAGAAACUGGUGAUCAGGAACAGCAACCACCUUCCUAUGAAGUCUCUGUGCAGCAACGACCCACAGGGAACGACCCAACAUUUGGAGAGGCUUCUCAUGCACCUCAACCAUAGAGCAACUGCUAAGAAGAUGGGCUGUCCAGGGACUGGAGGAGAUAAGCCAUAUCUGUUCUUCUGGGACACAGACAAUGUUUAGCCAUAGUAUAUAAAGCCUCGGUGAGGAGGUGCGGAAAGGACAGUGCGGUUCCAUCACUGGGCACUGGGCACAGAUGAGGGUCUAUUCAGUGGCUGGCAACCACUGGGCACUGGGCACAGAUAAGAGAACAUUCAGUGGCAUUCAGAAAGGUUGUGUCAGAAAUAACAUGGUCUUUGUGACCAGGAAUAAGCCAUAGUGUUGCUGGUUUUAGGAAUGAUGAUGAAUUCAGCCCAACAUUGUUGGUUGAUGGAUGGAAACAGCUGGGUCUUCUUGAAGAUCAUAACAGUAGUUGUAUUUUGCCUCUAUUUAGCAAUGCUUGCAAUAGCCCGAACUAUCUUCUGAAUAGCAGCAGGCAUGGCAAGAGGCCAUCAGUAAAUGAAGAAAUUUCAAGCUUCAACUUAGUGAUGAAAAUGGGAAAUAUAAAUAAAGCAAAGCAAGGUCAGUUACAUUAGCUUUCGUCAACUCAAUGCGUUUCACGUGUGUUUGACUUCAACUUCCAUACUCUGUCAGACGUGCACAAUCUUUUGGGAACUGAAGUUCAACACAUCAGAAGAGCACCAGACUGGAGAAGGUUAUGUUACUGUAAAUAUCCUAUUCUUGGCAUUCAUAAGGGAGAUGAAAGGCACUUUCCAAAAUUAAACUCCUAAGCUCUUUUAGUGUUCUGCAAGCUUUCCUCUGUAGCAAGAGUUGAACGGGUCCAGCUAAAAUGACCAAAGACCAGGAGUUGAUUUACCAGCUCCUAUGCUACAGUUUGAGUUUUUAAAAAAACUCCUUUGAUUCAAACUUUUACCAUUUCAUUGGAAUUGGAUUUAAACAACUUAUCAGAGUUGUAGUUUGGCCUUGCUUUGUUUUUUUCCAUGUUUGAAUAAUUGUGGUACUAUUGUGCAGUAUCUGGGAUACAGGAAACUAAGUUACAAUGGAGCCCUCAGUCACACCAACAUAUGAAGACAAAGCAUACCCUGGAUAAAAUAAAUUGUGUUCUUAAUUCAAUAUUUAUUCUUUCUAAAAAGAGUAUUUGUAUCAAUAUUGCAAUUAAUUAUUUUUCAUUAUGUAUUUAAUCAACUUAACUUCCUCUCAAUGUUGAGGGGAUGGAGUCUCUUAGUACAAUACAGAUAGCCCAUUGAAAAAAUAGCCAACUCAAUAGCCAUAUUUUUAAAAAAUAUAUAUAUUGGAAUUUUAGCAUCAAUUCUUUCUGUUAUCCAUUAGCAUUACAGGUUGAAAUCUAAUGAAUUACUUGAUAGUUGACAUUUCUUGGUUAUAGCAACUUUCUUUUAUUGUGUUCUGGGGCUAACCAGUUUACAUUGUUUAAUGCUGCAUUGUAGUUUUCUUGUAAUAAAGUUUUGUAAUGAAAUACAUUUUGAGAAACAAUUAGCAAUUAUUGGUGGGGAGAAUAAAUGUACGUUUCCAUCACGCAAAACAAGGAAGGCUCUUG